GGUGGUAGGGUCCCCGAACUGGGUCAUCGAGGACAGCUAGCGGAGCAUCUGUCUCAUUACCUUCCACUCCCUGCACCCCAAAUUCAGAACCUUGUGUGUCAAUCACAGCGCCUUCUCCCUUCACUCUUAUUUCUGCCAAACACUUAGCCUCUCCCUCUGCUGGCUUCUUUUGAUUCGAGUAAUCACCUCAUUUCUAUGCACUUGUCAACCAAGCAUCAUCCUUCCUUUUUUUCCCUACAAUUCACUUGGAAAGCCGCCUCCUCCAAAUGGAUAUCCACUUGUUGAACUCUUUAUUGCUCUUCUCACUGGUCAUUUAAUCUGUAUGUUAUCCUGAAGCUUUCUGAGUUGGAUGAAAAGGGUGUCUUUUCUGAGCUUUUAAUUUGAUGCCUCUAGCAUCCUCUUUUAUUUUGCUGUUGCUUUUUACAUGUAAACCCUAGCUGAUAAAUGACUCCAGUCUUUAAAAGGACUUAAUUUUGUCUCUUUUCUAAAGUGAUGACUCAGCAUUUGUACUCCUUUGGCUGUAGUUGUGGCACUUCUUUCUCCCUUCUGCUUCUCUUUGUAUCAACUUAUUCUGAAUAUUUAUAAUGGGGAAUAUAGUUGUUAUCUUUUAUUUUGUUUGGUAUCUUUUAUUUUCUUAGCCUUCUGCUUUGCACUUCUCUACUUGAGUAUUAGGAGUCAGAUUCCAACUCUCAUACUUAUGUCUGGUUUUCAUGAUUGGAGUUUACUUGGCAGUGUCCCUGUUAAUAGACCCAAUGAUCUUAUGGGAAAAUUACUUUCUUUGGAAUUGGGGGGAAGAUGGUUACCCGAGCAAGUUGAACAUUUGGCUUCCUAUUGGUUUACCCCAACCAAAAAAACACACACAAGCUAAGACAUAUGGUUCUAUCUUCAGAAAACAAUGUGGUGUUAGCUAAUAGCUAUGUAGGUAAUCUCUCCAGGGAUGUGACAGAAGUCCUUAUUCUUCAGUUAUUCAGUCAAAUUGGACCAUGUAAAAGCUGUAAAAUGAUAACAGAGCAACCCGAUAGCAGAAGGGUCAACUCUUCUGUUGGAUUUUCUGUUUUGCAGCAUACAAGCAAUGACCCAUAUUGCUUUGUGGAAUUUUAUGAACACAGAGAUGCAGCUGCUGCUUUAGCGGCUAUGAAUGGGAGAAAAAUUUUGGGCAAGGAGGUCAAAGUAAACUGGGCAACAACACCAAGUAGCCAGAAAAAAGAUACCUCUAAUCACUUCCACGUAUUUGUUGGAGAUUUGAGUCCAGAAAUAACAACAGAAGAUAUCAAAUCAGCAUUUGCUCCUUUUGGUAAAAUAUCGGAUGCUCGGGUAGUUAAAGACAUGGCAACUGGAAAAUCGAAAGGCUAUGGUUUUGUAUCAUUUUAUAACAAACUGGAUGCAGAAAAUGCAAUUGUACAUAUGGGAGGUCAGUGGCUGGGAGGUCGUCAAAUCCGAACCAAUUGGGCAACACGUAAACCACCGGCUCCUAAAAGUACUCAAGAAAAUAGCACAAAACAGUUGAGAUUUGAAGAUGUGGUAAAUCAGUCAAGUCCAAAAAAUUGUACUGUGUACUGUGGAGGAAUUGCUUCUGGGUUAACAGAUCAGCUCAUGAGACAGACAUUUUCACCGUUUGGACAAAUUAUGGAAAUAAGAGUUUUUCCUGAAAAGGGUUAUUCAUUUGUCAGAUUUUCAACACAUGAAAGCGCAGCACAUGCCAUCGUUUCAGUAAAUGGUACGACAAUUGAAGGACACGUAGUUAAGUGUUAUUGGGGUAAAGAAUCUCCUGAUAUGACUAAAAACUUCCAACAGGUGGACUACAGUCAGUGGGGCCAGUGGAGCCAGGUGUAUGGAAAUCCACAACAGUAUGGACAAUACAUGGCAAAUGGCUGGCAAGUGCCAUCCUAUGGAAUGUAUGGGCAAGCAUGGAAUCAGCAAGGAUUUGGAGUUGACCAAUCUCCAUCUGCAGCCUGGAUGGGUGGAUUUGGUGCUCAGCCUGCCCAAGGACAAGCUGCCCCUGUAAUACCUAACCAAGCUGGAUAUGGCAUGGCGAGUUACCAAACACAGUGAGCUGGGACUCUUUAAACAAAAGGGUAAUUCAUGAUAGGCUUCAGUUUCCAGUGACACUGAAGACGGGAACGUAGACAUCGGGAAAUGGAAAUAUUUAUUUUUAAAAUGGAAAUGUUUGGAACCUUUAGCACAGCUUUGCUUGGUGAAGGACACACAUGUCUUCUAGUUCUGCCUUUUUAAGUUUUUGUUCAUGAUGGAUAUGAACAUGAUUUUUCUUUGUGUACAAAAACAAAAAUAAAGUCAAUAAAGACAA